GGGCAGGCAAGUGCUGCAUCUCCAACUUACCCUGAAUUCAAGUAUAUGUACCUUUCCAGACAUCGCGCGUCGACCCCAGGUAUCCUCCGCCAAUUCCUUUCAAAUGGUCCAGUUAUAAAAUCGCCAACGGCCUCUACUAGAUACUCCGCAUCGCGAACUUCGCCGGUUGGAGAGGAAGCUGUGAUGUUCAAGAAAGCCGUCAAGGAACAUUCAGUAGCGUCGGCGACUCCGCUACAAUCCACGCUUACGCGCAGCAACAAUGGGAAUGCUUCAAUGAGACCCCCGCCGCCGUCCGCAGGGGUCAAGCGCAAGAUUGAGAUGGCUACCGUGCGAGAGUCUAAUCUGGGGUCCCUCCACGACGGUGUCUACUUCGACGAAAAUGACUUUGACGACGAUGACGACCUGGACUUUGAGGAACCCGAUCCAUUCAUUCCCCCGGCCCCCAUAUCCAGACCGAGCGUCCCGAAACCUGAACCGCCCAAGUACCCGUCCCUCCAUGGCAUACCUGCGCAAGACGAAGAAAUAUCAAUAGUCGACUUGACUUCACCCAGCAAAGCGGCGGCGGAGGUCAAGUAUCCUGAUUUACCCCCGGUUCCAGAUGAGAGUGUCCCGCCAUCCAGCAGCAUACAAAUUCCAUGGUCUUCUUCGCCCCCCUCCCACUUCCAACCACCGACCAGGAAGCCUCGAACUUUACCAUGGCUGAAAGACGAGCCGGAACCAGAACCAGAGCCCCCAUCUUUGAAGCCGCAAACGCCUAUGCGGCCGAAACAGACGGCUCCCUGGAACAAGUCAGCUAGCGCGAUCAAGGAUGAGCAAAGGGAACUGCGUCGGCAGAACAAGACUAUGAAGGCACAAGCAGGCGGCCAAAUGCACAACCCCCGCACGAAGGUAGCUUCGAUAUUCCUCAGCGAUGAGCAACGCCAUGUCUUGGAUGCGGUUGUACAGCAAGGGAAGAGUAUCUUCUUUACAGGAUCUGCGGGAACUGGCAAGUCGGUGCUUAUGAGGGAGAUCAUUAAGAAACUGAGAGAUAAAUACAAGAAAGAGCCAGACAGGGUUGCGGUGACAGCAUCUACCGGGCUAGCAGCUUGUAAUAUCGAGGGUGUAACUCUCCACAGUUUCGCAGGUAUUGGACUGGGGAAAGAACCUGUUCCGGAGCUUGUCAAGAAGGUCAGCAUUGGCGUCGACCGAUCACACCAAUCCACAUGUGCUAACUAUCUAUAGAUUAAGAAGAACCAGAAAGCCCGGAAUCGCUGGAUGCGCACCAAGGUUCUGAUCGUCGAUGAGGUGUCCAUGGUUGACGGCGAUCUCUUCGAUAAGCUAGAGGAAAUCGCACGUCGCAUUAGGAACAACGGUCGUCCUUUCGGAGGCAUACAACUAGUAGUCACCGGUGACUUUUUCCAACUUCCCCCCGUCCCAGAAGGGAGCAACCGAGAAGCCAAAUUCGCAUUCGCAGCAGCGACAUGGAACACUUCCAUACAACACACCAUCCUUCUAACCCACAUUUUCCGUCAACGAGACCCCGAAUUCGCCGACAUGCUCAACGAGCUUCGACUUGGAAAGAUCUCACCACGAACGAUUGACACAUUCAAACAACUUUCUCGGCCUCUUGACUUCCAUGACUCCCUCGAGGCCACUGAACUGUAAGCCUGACACGCACCCCCAUAUAACCAG